AUGUCGAAGAAGAUUGCAACAAUUAUCGGAGCCACUGGCAAGCAAGGCGGAGCUGCUAUCAAUGUAUUCCUUCAAAAGCCUGAGUAUCUUGUUCGCGGUAUAACACGCAAUGCAGACAGCAGUGCUGCUAGAGCUCUCAAGGCCAGAGGAGUUGAGGUUGUGCAAGCUGAUCUCAACGAUGAAGCAACAUUGAGGGUGGCAUUUGAGGGCUCUCAUGUCAUCUUUGGCACCACUGACUUUGUUCCCGGCUUUGUCCAGUAUGGCAGCGAAAGAGGAAGGGAUAUUGAGGCCGAGCAGGGUCGCAACGUUGCGCGGGCUGCUCAAGCCACGCCUACGCUUGAGCAUCUUAUCUGGAGCACUCUGCCCUCGACUUCCAAGAUUAGCAAUGGCAAAUACGCGUGUCCCAACUUUGAAGGGAAAGAAGCGGCCAAUGAUUUCAUCCGCACCCUGCCUGAUCUACUUGCCAAGACAACCUUUGUAUUGGUUGGCUGGUACGACUUGAAUUUUAACUACCCCUGCUAUAAGCCCGUUUGGGUGGAGGCGGCCAAUAGAUAUGUCGUCAUCGGAGACUAUGACCCAGACGCUACCUUGGUCUAUAUCGGCGAUGUCGAGAAGAAUCUUGGACCGUUUGUCAAGGCCAUAGCAGAACAGCCAGAGAAGACCAAGAAUGGCGCCAUUGUUUUUGCCUAUACCGAUACAAUUGGAUUCGAAGAGCUGUUGAAGCGUUGGGCCAAGGCGAAGGGCAAGGAGGCGGCUUAUGUGAGUACGAGCUACGAGAUCAUGGGUGUAUUGUACCCUGAAUGGACAAAGCUCGCCGAUAUGACUCGUUGGAUGGGCGAUUAUAAAGACACCUACUGGUCUUACAAAGAGGGAGAAUUCCUGUCUUACAAAGACCUAGGCAUUGCUAUCAGCGAUUUCGUCUCAAUGGAUGAAUCGCUCAAAUAUUUGGAGAUUGCUUAG